CGAGCAGGGAGCACCUAGGCAGCGGGAUUCCCCGGGCUGCCUUCCAGCAAUCCCGCUGAGCCCUGGUUGCUCCCGGGGCACAACCUUGCAGGCUUCACGCCCCAGCUCUCGAGAGCAAGCUCUGUGCCCCUCUCUGAGCAUGCGCGGCCCUCUCUCCGCCUCUCCGCACCCCACCAUACCCCCUCCUCGCCGGCCUUUUGCUCCUUCCCUUUCAUUAAACAAACCAGAGAUCCCAAAACCCAAAACCAGGACCCAAAGGCGACAGGAGGCGGCAGAGGAGGCAGAACUCGGGAUGAUCGCUGAGGGGGAUCUGUGAUCCCUCGCACCCCCGCCUCACCCCCCUCCGCGCGCACACACACAUGCACACUCACACACGCGCACACGCGCACACACGCACAGACACACAUAUCACACAAACACACACUCGCACACGCCCGCGCCGCGCGCUCGCCCGCUCGCUCUCCCACGCAGGCGAAAUGCAGCAGCGCCCGGGGAGCUUGUCUGCAGCCGCUGCCUGAAUGCACCUCGCUGUCCGCAGCCGGGCCGCCCAAUAGGGCGCAAGGGAGAAGCUUGGCUGCCUGAGCCUGGACAGUUUCAGACAGUACAGUCUCACUACAUGGUUUGAGAAAUGGCUGUAGGCAACCACACGCAACGCAGUUACUCCAUCAUCCCAUGUUUUAUAUUUGUUGAGCUUGUCAUCAUGACUGGGACAGUGCUGCUUGCCUACUACUUCGAAUGCACUGACACUUUUCAGGUGCAUAUCCAAGGAUUCUUCUGUCAGGAUGGAGACUUAAUGAAGCCUUACCCGGGGACGGAGGAAGAAAGCUUCAUCACCCCUCUGGUGCUCUAUUGCGUGCUGGCUGCCACUCCAACUGCUAUUAUAUUUAUUGGUGAAAUAUCCAUGUAUUUCAUAAAGUCAACAAGGGAAUCCCUGAUUGCUGAGGAGAAAACAAUCCUUACAGGGGAAUGCUGUUAUCUGAACCCGUUACUCCGAAGGAUCAUUAGAUUCAUAGGGGUAUUUGCAUUUGGACUUUUUGCUACUGACAUUUUUGUAAACGCCGGGCAAGUGGUCACGGGUCACCUCACACCCUACUUCCUGACAGUGUGCCAGCCAAACUAUACCAGUACAGACUGCCGGGCACACCACCAGUUCAUCAGCAACGGCAACAUCUGCACCGGGGACCUGGAAGUGAUCGAACAGGCGCGGAGGUCCUUCCCCUCCAAGCACGCUGCUCUGAGCAUCUACUCCGCUUUAUACGCCACGAUGUACAUCACAAGCACAAUCAAGACCAAGAGCAGUCGGCUGGCCAAGCCAGUACUGUGUUUGGGGACCCUCUGUACAGCCUUCCUGACGGGCCUCAACCGGGUCUCAGAGUACCGGAACCACUGUUCUGAUGUGAUCGCCGGUUUCAUCCUGGGCACUGCAGUGGCCCUGUUCCUGGGAAUGUGUGUGGUUCAUAACUUUAAAGGAACGCAAGGCUCUCCUUCCAAACCCAAGCCUGAGGAUCCCCGUGGCGUGCCCUUGAUGGCUUUCCCAAGGAUAGAGAGCCCUCUGGAAACCUUAAGUGCACAGAAUCACUCGGCCUCCAUGACCGAAGUAACCUGAGAUGAAUGAAGAGAAGCAGCUGUGUUUGGUUUCUUUCUUUUUUUUUUUUCAACAACCUUCCAGUUCAAUACUUCAGAAUCCACAGUGACUCAGUCAAACUGUGAAGACAAGUAUUAUGUUUAUCUAGUUAGAGGCUAAUGUUUUGUACAUUUUUUUGUAUUAAAAAGUGAUGUAGCUUGCCCUGAUCUUUUUUUGUCAGCUUUAAUAUAUUUAUGCCAGAAUUUUAAAACCAAUCAAGUUUUUCUCUCGUUCAAGUGUGCAUUGAAGAAUCACAUAUAUUCAGUGGUUGAUGUUGUUUUGUGAUAUUUGUACACAAAUCUUUUCUCAGUUUUAUAGACAGAAAUAAAGUGAGCGACCCACUUUUAACCUUUAUUACCACAGUUGCUGCCUCCUCCAGAACCUCUGAAUUUUAAUGAGAGUUAAACUUUUGAGUGACAGGAACGACCAUGGUGGUUAAUUAUAAAUUUCAAAAUCAAUAAUGGGGGGGAAAUAUUUGGAGAGAACAGCAUGUUCUGUUCUGUUCAUAGUUUUUUGCGUUCCAAGUUAAAGUGACAGUGGCAGACUAGCGAAGAUUCCUAGUUUACUAACUAAUGACACAGACGCCAAUAUUGCAGGGGGGUGUUCUGGUUAUAUAACUCUUUCUUAGUUCAUGCCCUUGCCCACCGAAGGAACUCAAGGUCGGUCUGGAGUUCUGUCCUUGGGUGGGCAGGUGACCCUAUAGCCUUCGAUCCAAAAGAGCAGCUAGCACCAGCCUUUCCUGCCAACUCAACGGUUUUGUAUUCAUACUGUAUGGACUUUUUAUGAUGAAGAAUAUUUUACAGUUUGCACAGUAUUAUUUUGCAGAAAGGAUAUCAGAGCCUCCGCAGCACAGCGCCCAGACCAACAUCUUCACUUGGGAGCUUCUAACUGUUCCUGGGCUUUAACUGCAUCCCAUUUUCUAGCAUGGUGAUAAUAUGUCCCUCCUUUGAGAAGGAGUUCCCUAUCUGUAUCUAUCAAAAUGUUUUCUUGACACAUCCAUGUCAGCUCUUCUUAGCUUUUUUGUACAUAUUUUUUUUCUAAAUAGAAGAAAAAAGUUAUCAUAAAAUA